AUGUCCUUGUUGUUCGGAAACAACCAACAACAACACCUAACUCGCUCUUCACGCAUUCUCAAGCUUCUCUCCUCUCGCUUCUCCCCAACCAAAAUAUCGAUCAAAAACAUUUCCCGACCCUAUGAAAAUGAUGGAGCUCACAACGAAAUUGUGAGUUUGGCACAUGGUGAAUCUCAUUUUCGAGUCAUGAUUGUUUCAUCCGAGUUUGAGGGUGUUGGUCCUUUGGCUCGACAUCGUAUGAUUCAUCAAGUGUUGAACGAGGAAUUUAAAAGUGGUUUACAUGCUCUCACCAUAACGGCCAAAAGCGUCCAAGAAUACGAGAAAGCCAAAGAGCGAAUGAAAAACAUGAGAAAAGAGAAACAUUCAAUGAGCAAUGAAGAAUCGGUGAGAGGUGGUGGUUGGGAGCACAGAGACGACACGACUGAUAUGGCAUCCGAUUCUUGUUGCAAUGAUGAGAUGGAGGAGUUGUUUGGAGUAAAAUGA